GCCGGGAGCGAGCGAGCGAGCGGAGGCGCGCGGCCAUGGCUGCCGCGGCCGGGCAGGGGGGCCGGGGGGGCGGCGCGUGAGCGGGCGGCGCGGGGCGGGCGAGCGCCCGCGAUGUGCCACUCCGCGCCUCCCCCGCCGGGCCCGGGUUGCACGGUGGCCGGGCGGCCCUGGUAGCCAGCGAACGGCGCGGAAGAGGAGCGCGGCGCGCGAGUCUCAUUGUUGAGGGGGGGGGCCCGUCGGGGCAUGAGGGCGAGAGCACGGCGGGGGGGGCGGCCAGACAGAGCGAGCGAGGAGGAGGACGCCGAGGAGGAGGAAGGAGGAGGCAAAGAAAAGAAGCGGCGGCGGCGGCGGAGGAGGGGGCGAGGAGGCGCGCGGCCCCCGCUCCCUCCCUCCCCCCCUGACCCCCGACCCCCGCCGGCCGGCCCCCAGCCCCAGCCCCGGAGGGAGCUCAUGGGAGUAUGAAGGAGAUGGUAGGAGGCUGCUGCGUAUGUUCGGACGAGAGGGGCUGGGCCGAAAACCCGCUGGUCUACUGCGAUGGGCACGCGUGCAGCGUGGCCGUCCACCAAGCUUGCUAUGGCAUCGUCCAGGUGCCAACGGGACCCUGGUUCUGCAGGAAAUGUGAAUCUCAGGAGCGAGCAGCCAGGGUGAGGUGUGAGCUGUGCCCACACAAAGAUGGGGCGUUGAAGAGGACUGACAAUGGAGGCUGGGCCCACGUGGUGUGUGCCCUCUACAUCCCAGAGGUGCAGUUUGCCAACGUGCUCACCAUGGAGCCCAUUGUGCUGCAGUAUGUCCCUCAUGACCGCUUCAACAAGACCUGUUACAUCUGUGAGGAACAGGGCCGGGAGAGCAAAGCCGCAUCAGGAGCCUGCAUGACCUGUAACCGCCACGGAUGUCGACAGGCUUUUCAUGUCACCUGUGCCCAGAUGGCAGGCUUGCUGUGUGAGGAAGAAGUGCUGGAGGUGGACAAUGUCAAGUACUGUGGCUACUGCAAAUACCACUUCAGCAAGAUGAAGACUUCGCGGCACUCCAGCGGGGGAGGAGGAGGAACAGGAGGUGGAGGCGGUGGAGGAGGUGGCAGCAGUGGUACCAGCGGUGGUGGAGGUGGUUCAGGGGGAGGCGGCGGCGGCGGCAGCAGCAGCAACAGCUUCCUUACUGGCAGGAGAAGCCGGUCAGCCUCACCGUCCACACAGCAGGAGAAGCACCCUACCCACCAUGAGAAGGGCCAGAAGAAGAGUCGAAAGGAUAAGGAACGCCUUAAACAGAAGCACAAGAAGCGGCCUGAGUCCCCCCCCAGCAUCCUCACCCCGCCUGUGGUCCCCACUGCUGAUAAGGUCUCCUCAGCUCCGACUUCCUCCCACCAUGAGGCCAGCACUCAGGAGACCUCUGAGGGCAGCAGGGACUCAAAGGGGAAAAAGUCUUCCAGCCAUAGCCUGAGUCAUAAGGGGAAGAAACUGAGCAGUGGGAAAGGUGUGAGCAGUUUUACCUCCGCCUCCUCCUCUUCCUCCUCCUCUUCCUCUUCUUCCUCCUCUGGGGGGUCUUUUCAGCCUGCAGGCUCGUCCUUGCAAAGCUCUCCUGACUUCGUGGCAUUCCCCAAGCUGGAGCAGCCUGAGGAAGACAAGUACUCCAAGCCCACGGCCCCCACUCCGCCAGCCCCUCCCUCGCCCACAGCCCCUGAGCCCCCUAAGGCUGACCUCUUCGAGCAGAAGGUGGUUUUCUCUGGCUUUGGGCCCGUCAUGCGCUUCUCUGCCACCUCCUCCAGCUCCAGCCGGGCCCGAGCCCCCUCACCUGGGGACUACAAGUCUCCCCAUGUUUCGGGAGCUGGGGCCUCAGCAGGCGGCACCCAUAAGCGGAUGCCUGCACUGAGUGCCACCCUUGGACCUGCCGAGGAGGCUCCUGAGACAGGCUUGAAGGAGAAGAAGCACAAAGCCAGCAAGAGGAGCCGCCACGGGCCAGGCCGUCCUAAGGGUAGCCGAGGCAAGGAGGGUGCCACAGGCCCCACUGCCUCCCUCCCUGGGGCUCAGCUGGCUGGUUUUACUGCUACUGCUGCCUCGCCCUUCUCUGGAGGCUCCCUGGUCAGCUCCGGCCUUGGGGGUCUGGCCUCCCGGACCUUUGGGCCUUCAGGAAGCUUGCCCAGCCUGAGCCUGGAAUCCCCUCUGCUGGGGGCAGGAAUCUACACCAGUAAUAAAGACCCCAUCUCUCAUGGUGGAGGGAUGCUGCGGGCUGUCUGUAGCACCCCACUCUCUUCCAGCCUGCUGGGGCCUCCAGGGACCUCAGCUUUGCCCCGUCUCAGCCGUUCCCCAUUCACCAGCACCCUCCCAUCCUCUUCUGCUUCCAUCUCCACCACUCAGGUCUUUUCUCUGGCUGGCUCUACCUUCAGUCUCCCUUCUUCCCACAUCUUUGGAACCCCCGUGGGCACUGUAAACCCCCUCCUCACCCAAGCCGAGAAUAGCCACACAGAGCCAGACCUAGAAGACUGCAGCUUCCGGUGUCACGGGACCUCCCCACAGGAGAGUCUCUCUUCCAUGUCUCCCAUCAGCAGCCUCCCUGCGCUCUUCGACCAGACAACAGCGGCGCCUUGUGGGGGUGGCCAGUUAGACACCACGGCCCCGGGCACAACUAACAUGGAGCAGCUGCUGGAGAAGCAGGGCGAUGGAGAGGCUGGUGUCAACAUUGUGGAGAUGCUGAAGGCCCUGCAUGCACUGCAGAAGGAAAACCAGCGGCUCCAGGAGCAGAUCCUCAGCCUGACAGCCAAGAAGGAGCGACUGCAGAUCCUCAAUGUGCAGCUCUCUGUGCCCUUCCCUGCCCUGCCUGCUGCCCUGCCUGCCGCGAAUGGCCCUGUCCCAGGGCCCUAUGGGCUGCAUCCUCAAGUGGGCAGCAACGACUCCCUGAGCACCAGCAAGAGCCCUCCAGGGAAGAACAGCCUUGGCCUGGACAAUUCCCUGUCCACGUCUUCCGAGGACCCACACUCAGGCUGCCCGAGCCGCAGCAGCUCAUCGCUGUCCUUCCACAGCACGCCCCCACCGCUGCCCCUGCUCCAGCAGAGCCCUGCCGCUCUGCCCUUGGCCCUGCCCGGGGCCCCUGGCCCGCUCCCACCGCAACCACAGAAUGGGCUGGGCCGGGCACCCGGAGCAGCGGGGCUGGGGGCCAUGCCCAUGGCUGAGGGGCUAUUGGGUGGGCUGGCUGGCAGCGGGAGCCUGCCCCUCAAUGGGCUUCUGGGGGGGUUGAAUGGGGCUGCUGCUCCCAACCCUGCGGGCUUGAGCCAGGCUGGCGGGGCCCCCACGCUUCAACUGCCAGGUUGUCUCAACAGCCUGACAGAGCAGCAGAGACACCUCCUUCAGCAGCAAGAGCAGCAGCUCCAGCAGCUCCAGCAGCUCCUGGCCUCUCCACAGCUGACUCCAGAGCACCAGACUGUGGUCUACCAGAUGAUCCAGCAGAUUCAGCAGAAACGGGAGCUGCAACGGCUGCAGAUGGCUGGGGGCUCCCAGCUGCCCAUGGCCAGUCUGCUGGCUGGAAGCUCCACCCCACUGCUGUCUGCGGGCACCCCUGGCCUGCUGCCUACAGCAUCAGCCCCACCCCUGCUGCCUGCUGGAGCCCUGGUGGCCCCUUCACUCGGCAGCAAUACAAGUCUCAUGGCUGCAGCAGCUGCGGCUGCAGCAGUAGCAGCAGCAGGCGGACCGCCAGUCCUCACUGCCCAGACCAACCCCUUUCUCAGCCUGCCCGGGGCAGAUGCCAGUGGGAGUGGCCCCAAAGGAGGGACCACUGACAAAGGAGCCUCAGCCAGCCAGGAAAAAGGCUAACUCGACCCUGUCUCUCCUGACCCCUACAUGGCUUGAGGGUCCUUGCCUGGAAUGGGUACCUGGGCCCGGACUCUUGGAGGGCCAGGCCCAGAGCUUGUGCUGAUGCCCAGGGAGUGUGUGCCUGGAGUUCCAGGUGCUGUGGAGAGAGACUGGAGGGAAGCCCUUCCACCUGGCCUGUUCCCGUACUGCACUGGCUGCUCCAGGAGCGAGGAUCGGGGAGGACAGGCUCCAAGCCUGCCUAGGAGCCCCCCCAAAGAGCAAAGCAGGUCAUGGCAUAGGAAGUGGAGAGUUGGUUGGACCUACCAUGUAAACCAGUCAGCACUUGAAUGGGGAAGGAGCAGGGUAGGCCCUUGGGCCUCCCCUGUGUGGUAUUCCUUACGGAAAAAGGGCUGGUCCCAGUUGACCUUCAGAGUCUUCCCAGCAGAAGGGGUCCCUUUGACUGCUUCCCAUCAUCCCUCCCCACUGAGGGUCACAAGCUGAGCUUGGAAAAGCCUACAGAUGUGGGGGGCUGAGGAAGGGCAGGAUAGCACCUCUUGGGGCCCCAUGAUGGGGCUGGGCAGGGGGUGGGGGUCAUCCCUCACUGUCCUUGGUGUCCUGCCCCUUUUUGCACUAUUGGCUUGAGGAGUGCCGAGGGUGGGGAGAGGGAGCUGCCUGACUCCACAGAGCGUGAGAGUGUGUGUGAGUGUGAGUGUGUGUUUACGGUCAGUCUGCUUAACCUGUCUGUCUGUCACCCCUUUCUCUGGACCUGGGGCAGCCAAGGGCAAGGACAGGAGCAUUGGCCAGAACCAGAGCAGGACUUCCUAGCUCUUGUAGCCUGUACCCCCUUCUCAGCUCUAGUCCUUUUCCAGGGCAUGAAUUGUAAACUUAAAAAAAUUU